AGAACCCAAUGAUGUGUUUGAAAAGGCUGAGUUUCUUUCCUUCAUGACAUCAUAUUUAGAUGGCAGAUACAUCACAAAAGGAACACCAUUGACAGUAAAGUACUUUGGGCAAGUCUGCUAUUGCCAUGUAAACAGUUUGAUUUGUGACACAACAUCACUACCCUGUGAGAGAACAGUCCCAGAACCUGCUUCAUCUGUAGAACCACAGGCUUCAGAAUACCUACAAACUGGAGGCAACCAGACUCCCCAGAGACGCACAGUUGCAGAACUAAGAGAGUCAACUCAAGGAGGUUCCUCUCCAAUUGUUGAUGGGAAUGUACUGUCUACACCUACUCAAGAUCCCUCUGUGAUAGAUCUUGAUAUUGCAAGUUUAACUAUUAGUCCUACAACCUCCACACCAAAAAUGUGCCCCAGAGACACUUUCCCAAACCUAAUGACUCCCAUCAGCACCAGAGGGCAGUCUGGCGAUUCUAACACAUUGUCCAGCCAGGUUUUUGCCAAAGUGUCUUCCAAGUUCACUACAGUUUCUUUGCAGUUAGCUGCAGAAAUCAGGGGCAAUGUUGAUCAGAAUAAGCCUCAUGUCUCACUGGCUGAUGUCGGGGGCAUGAGAUUACAGGUUGAAGAACUGAAAACAAGAAUUCUCAGAGCUUUACAGCCAAAGUGCAUAAAUCGCUGCAUACUUCUCCAUGGACCACCUGGCACAGGGAAAUCACUUCUUGUCAAAGCUCUGACCCUUGACCUGGACAUGGCAACCACGUAUAUGACUGGUACAGAUAUCUGGAGCAAAUUGUUUGGGGAAGCUGAGUCAAAUCUGUGCAAAGUGUUCAAGUCAGCACAGAAUAAAGCCCCAAGUAUAGUUGUCAUUGAUGACAUUGAUGUGAUGUGCCCAAAACGUUCUCAGGUUCAGGCAGGGCAGCAGGAGCAGAGAAUUGUGGGAACCCUUCUUACUCUCUUAGAUAGCCUUGCAUCAGUCCAAAAUCCACACCAAAUUGUUGUUGUUAUUGGCAUCACCAACAACAGGGACAACAUUGAUCCAGCCUUGAGGCGGGCAGGCAGGUUUGGGUGUGAGGUUGAAGUAGGAGUUCCAACAGCCGCUCAAAGGAGAGAAAUACUUGAGGUGUUGCUGAACAAAGUAGCCCAUAACCUGACAGCCGAGGACAUUGAGGCUGCAGCAAGAAAUGCCCAUGGCUAUGUAGGGGCAGAUUUGUGUGCACUCAUAAACGAAGCAUACAUGCACUCUCUUAGCAGUGAGGCAGCUUCAGUCCAAUCUGAAACAGUAAAACUUGCCUUGAAGGACCUAGUGCAUGCAGGGCUACGUGUGAAACCAAGUGCUUUGAGGGAGAUACAGCUAGAAGUCCCUCAGGUGAAGUGGACAGACAUUGGUGGCAUGUCAGAAGUGAAAAUGAGGCUGCGUGAAGCAGUUGACUUGCCACAGACCAACCCUGAAGUGUUUGCUAGGCUAGGCAUCCAGCCUCCUAAAGGUUUACUGAUGUAUGGACCUCCUGGCUGCUCCAAGACCAUGGUGGCCCGAGCCUUGGCAACUGAGUGUAGUUUAAACUUUCUGGCUGUGAAGGGACCAGAGUUAUUCAACAAGUAUGUUGGAGAGUCUGAGAAAGCUGUACGUGAAGUUUUCCGUAAGGCCAGACAAGCUGCCCCAUCCAUCAUUUUCUUCGAUGAAAUAGAUGCUAUAGCUGUGAAUCGUGCAAGUUCUGAGUCAACCUCUGGUGUGCAGAAUCGAGUGUUAACUCAGCUGUUGACAGAAAUGGAUGGCAUGCAGUUUCUGAAGGAUGUCUUCAUAAUUGCAGCCACAAACAGACCAGACUUGAUAGACCCUGCACUGAUGAGGCCUGGCAGGUUCGACAACCUAGUAUAUGUUCCCCUGCCUGAUGCUGAGACUCGGACACAGAUUCUACAAAAGAAGCUCAACAAAAUGUCUGUUGCACAUGAUGUUUCCCUGGAGUUGUUAGUGCAGGCCACCCAAGAUUAUUCUGGAGCUGAGAUUGUUCAAGUCUGCCAAGAGGCAGCCUUCUAUGCUUUGCGAGAAGAUAUUCACACAGAGAAGGUACUUGCCAGGCACUUUGAUGCAGCACUGGGAAAAGUCCAGCCACAGACUGACCCACAUUUGAUGGAGAUUUAUAGCCAGUUUUCACAAUCAAGCAGCUAA